GUUUGAAAUACACAAUAUACUUACCAGUAUUAGUACGCAGCGAAGGAAGUCAAGGAUUUUUGUUUGAAAAGAAACGCAUAUUGCAGUAGGUUCAUAACCAUGGAUAGCUUCUUCAACGUCUUUGGAAAUGAAGUGAAGCACAGCUACAGUGUAGCUAAAGCUCGUGUUGAAAAAAGAUUGGAUUUCCUGAGGAAGGUUUAUGGGAUUUUGUCACUCCAGCUUCUUUUCACGUUUGUCACGGCAGCCAUCUUCAAAUGGAGCACUACCAUUACAUACAUAGUACAAACCAAUCAUUGGCUGGUGUUAGGGGGUUUGAUCAGCAGUUUGGCUCUAGCUGUUGCCCUUCAGGCCUACAAGAAUGAAACCCCAACAAAUUACAUGCUUCUGGCAGCAUUUACUGGAGUUGAAGCCUUUAUGGUUGGAACCGUUGUGACAUUUUACCAAGUGGCAAGUGUAAUAGAUGCCUUCCUUCUGACAAUGUUAGUAACCAUCUGCCUUACUGCCUACACAUUCCAAAGCAAGAUGGACUUUGACAGAUUUGGAGCUGGGAUGUUCUCUCUCUUUGGUAUUUUGAUGUCAGCACUGUUUAUGCAGCUCUUCUUUCCCACUGCAGCUAUGGAUCGCCUGAUUUCCGUGGGUCUGGCCGUUUUAUAUUGCAUGUACAUCAUCUAUGACACCGGCCUGAUCAUGGAGCGACUCACCCCUGACGAGUUCAUCAUCGCCCCUGCCAUCCUCUACCUAGACAUGGUCGCUCUCUUCAUGCGCCUCCUGAAACUGCGUGGGGAACGGGAAAAUAGGCGUGAUUAGAAUGUCGCGCAAAAACUUUUGCAAAAUACAUAUUUUUGAAAAACCUAUGUAUCUUUCGUUCUUUCUUUUUUUUUUACGAGUGAAGGAACAUCAAUGAUGUUAAUUUAAUUUUUUUCAUGAUAGCUUUGGUAUUUGACUGUGUAGUUUUGUCUUCUUUUUUUUGUAUUGUGAGUUACACAUUGCAUAAUUAUUGUACCCUUUCAUUUGUGGAAUAAACAUCGUAGAAGGGUUAUAUAUGGAUAAUUCAGAUAUAAUUAAUGAAGUUUUGUUAAUGUAUAUUUAUGCCUAAAUUAACCUUGCCCCCAAACUCCUACACGAAUAAUUAAAAUUUAUAGUAUUCUACAUAAAAAUAACACCUGUUCUUCAGUAUUGGGAACUUUUUGCAAAGUUAGUCCAUAAAUAAUUUUAUCCUAUUAUUAUUGACAUGUUCUAUAUAAAUUCAAUUAGACUGAAGAAGUUAAAACUUAGUAGGUUAUCAUAUGAUACCUUGCAAAUUCAAGACCUAAAACGCAGAUACCGUGUAAUAUGUUGAUGUUAGUUGUUAUGUAGCUGUUGUUGCUUUCUGCUCUUCAUGCCACAAGCCAUAUGCAUAUGUUUUAUACCUUAUUAUUUGGACAACAAGAAUUUGGCUUCAAAAUUGAACUAUACAUUUGUAAUUUAAUUGAAGUUAUAGAGUUAGAUAUUUUACUUGAUUCUUGUUAUUUGUUCAUACUCAGACUGUAUUCCAUUUUAUUCUGCAGUAAGAAAUCAAAUGUUGAUAAAAAAUUUAUUUGUUUUCAAGUUGGAUAAAUGAAUCCAAAAUUUGCCAUUAGCAAAUUCUGUAAAAGGGUUGAAUGUUAUCAUUAUUUUCUUGAUUGUUUUUUUUUCCUUCAAUGCAAAUUGCAACAGUCUGUGGUCACACUUUGCAAAUAAAAUAAUUGCAUUAAAGAGUA